GUUUCAACACCAAAUCAAUUACGUUUUAAACAUAUUCACCAAUUUACAUUAAAAAAUCGGAGAUGGAAACCAAUCCAUCGAAGUCCAGCGUCCUCAUAUAUGUUCUAGUUCUUGCACUGGUCUUGUCUCCAAUACUCCCAUGUCAAGCAGCUAGUGUGCAUCUAGGAGGUGGAGGGCGUAAGUUGAUGGCACCAUCACCACCACUUCUCAUGUGUCCACACUGUGAAUGUUGCGCACCGGCUGCACCUGGCUUCUGCUGCCCAUGUAGCUGUCCCGGUGGUCCCUAAUGAUUACGACUUCGGUAUCAGAGGGGAUAAUGGAAGUGGUUGAUAUCAUUGUAAUAGUUAAAUGUAUGAAUAAGUCAACACGAUCUUUAGUCUGUGUUUCUAAUAAGAAAACUUGUGGGUUCUACUGGUGAGUAUUAAAAGUAUAUAAGUUUGUAAUAUUUUGAUGUAUUAAUAAGUAAGUAAUCAAGUCCUCUUUAUGUUUUUAAUAAGAAAACUUUUGGGUUCCGCAGAUGAGUUAUAAGUUGGUUUUGAUGACCUCCUUGGAUUUGAUGAAGAAUCAUAAAUAAAUCAAAAAUUUGAUCA